CCCCCCCCCUCGCAAUGGCGCCCACGCGCUUCUCGGACCCGCUCGCGCGCGUGCCGCUGUGAGGGAACAUGCUGCCGGCGCCCAACCUCUCCGCCCACGGCCUCUCCAACCUGUCCGGCGCCGACCUGCAGAGAGCGCAGGAGCUGGCGCACCGCUCCGUCAAGGUGGGCAUCAUCAGCGUCCUGGGCGUCAUGAUCACGCUGGGCAACGUCGCCGUGCUGCUCGUGAUCUCCUCCUCCGUGGCCGGCUGGUCCAGGAACUCCCGGUACUUCCUCCUGUCCCUCACGGCCGCGGACUCCGCGUUCGGCCUGCUGGUCAUGCCCCUCAACCUGUGGGUGAGUCUGCUGAAGGACUACACGGAGGGCCCGGACGCGCUCUGCCACGUCGUGGCCUUCUGCAACGCCACGGUGUACUCCACGUGCAUGUACACGCUGGCCACCAUCAGCCUGGAGCGCUACGUGGCCGUGUUCUACCCGCUGCAGUACUCGCUGCUGCUGACGAGGAGGCGGACGCUGCUGCUCAUCGCCUUCGCCUGGUGCUUCCCCCCCGUCGUGCUGUCGCCCAUCUCGUUCCCGCGCGGCAUCAUCGAGGUCCACUUCUCCACGGCGUCCCUCGUGUGCAACCCGUCCUACUCCACGAACGCGGGCUACUCGCUGGGCCUGACGUGCGUCAUCUUCUUCCCGUGCUCCCUCGUCAUGACGUACGCCAACCUGCGGAUUUGGUGCGCGGCCCGGAGGCAGCGGCUGAAGAUGCGCAAGUACUGCUUUGCGCGUCGCAGCCGACACAACGUCGCGGCGCGCGUGCUCGUGCCCGUCAUGGCAGCCUACUACGCCUGUUGGACUCCGUGCAUGGCAGCUAUGAUCUACAAUGCGCUCUCGGCCAGCAGCGUCCCGGAGUGGCUGGAGUUCGCCGCGGUCUGGCUCCCCACCGCCAACGGCUUCCUCAACUGCAUCUUCUACUUCUGGAUGAACCGCAGCUUCCGCCGGAAGUUCCGCCUGGUGCUCCAGAGGCUGGCGCUGGCCGCGUGCCCCGAGCUGGCCGGCGCCGUGGAGUGCUGCCGCGCGCCGGCGGCGCCCGCCGCCCCCGCGGUCCCCGACAACAACAACUCGAGCGUGUACGAGCGCUCGGCCAGCGUGUCCUCCACCUGCACGCUGCUGUCCACGGCGUAGGACGCGCCUCUGGCCACGAUGCAACAGUUGUACUGCUUUUAUCCGUUGUCAGUGGGGAACACUGUGACUGGGACACAGGCUUCAUUUAGAACUGUUGGAUUUUUUUUUCGUUUUAGUCUCACACUCAACUGAUUUGCUGUCGGACGCCUUCUUAACUGCCUUUUUACUUGUUUUACAGUUAGUUAUCAACCUCACCCAUGCCCCACAAAUGCUCAUCAUCAAUAAUCUGCUGCUGUCGGCCCAUUAAGGCCAGGUUUAUUAAUAUCUGAGGUCAGUUCAUCAAACGACACCUAUACUGGCACCUGGGUCCGAAUGAGGCAUUUGAGCAUUAAUGUCACUUUACGUAACAAGCACUUUGAGGAUUGAGGUCGCCUUAAGUUUGACCCGUGCAUCACAGAGCUUGGCAUAUAACACCAGGAAGAAGUUAACCUUCAAGUCACAGCAUUUCCGUGUGAAAGGAGGAAAGUAAUUAAGCAGCGACGCCGCGGAAAGGUCACCAUAUUUGGCAGAGCAGAGAAAACUCGACUAGCUUCUAAGCCUGUGCUUGUUUAUUUUAAGGUAUUAAGCCCAUGAUGUUCUGCUGAGCAUCUUCCAGUGUAUUCAACUUAGCAACGUGCAUCCCAUCUGUCUGAACGGAGCUUAGUGUCUUACUGAAAGGAAAUGGCGAAUACUGUAGUGAGCCAUAAAAUGAAAUGUAUCAAACAUAUGGUGAUGGUCUUUUGUAGAUACUAUAUAUAUUUUUUUAUGUUUGUAACUAAUGUAAAAAGUAAAAUGUAAAUAAAUAUGGUGUAUUGGUUCCUAUAGGUGAUCUACGAAAUAAAGCAUUGUUCCUUAUGUUCA